GUCCCAAAGAAAAGGCAGAAAAAAGCAACAAGCACCAAUACUGAGACUAGUUUGGUGCUGGCUAAUCCUACAUCAUCAGUCAUGCAGUUCCCCUCCAAUGAAGCUGUAGAAAAAGCCAGGGAAAAGAAAAAGAAUAAGGCAGCUACUACUUCUGGAGGUGCUGCAAAGAAAAGAAAGGUGACAGCUGCUACUACUUCUGGAGGUCCUUCAAACAGGUCUGGAACUGGCUCCAAUGAACCUGUACCACUAUGCACUGUGUUCCUAGCUCCAAGCACUACUAGCCCAGGUGCUGUUGAAGCCACAGUACACACAGAGACUGUGGUACCUUUGCCCAAGAAAACACCACCAAGAAAGCAGCUAGCAGUGAAGAAGAAGAAGAAGCUGACCCCAAAGAGGCAACCACUUCAGGAAGGCAGUCAAGCUACCUCUACCAGCCCUGCUUCCAAUACAAGAAGCAAGAAGAAGCUAGACCUAGCGUAAGAGGUCUCUUUUCUGUUGUUUUGUG